AACAUGUGCGUUACGGUCAACAAAUCUUCAAUAGACACGGAUACAUGAACAUGAAUUUCGGUUUGCGUAGCAGAAUUUAACAUCUAGACGAAUAAAUGGCUAGACGGAAGAAUUGAUUUUAUUUCAAAUUGACUCCUCUCCGUUAUAUUCAGUGACCAACGUUCAAACGCUUGUUUAACUAGAAGAUAUUUUCAACAGAUACUUAAAAUUUAUAUUAAUUCCCAUUUCACUGGUGUCACCGAUUGAAAUCCUGUCUGAAAAUUUAUCAAACUACGUACUGAUGUUGAAUUAGAUGUUUCAUUAAAAUGGAAUGUGAAAAACAAUCGGAAUUGGAACUCCUAGCCAAACUUGAGGAAAAAAAUAGAGCUCUUUUUUCAGAUGCUAAAGUUAUCCCAUCUCUGCAUACUCGUCGACGAGAAGGCUCAUUAUCGAGUAGUAUUUCCACGGGAUCUGGACAAGAUGAUGUACGAAGCAACGGGACAUCUUCACUACAACUUAAUGGUCACACAACACAUGGAACAUCAAGAUUGAGUAACACUUCUGGAGUUUCAAUUCCUCUAAUGAUUGGUUGGACUACUGGAGCACCAGUCAGUUGUUCUGUUCGUGAACAAUGGGACUACGUAAUAAAUAAUUGGGAUCAAUGUUGUAAAAAGAAAUCUUAUGUUUCUGAUCUUAUUAAAAAGGGUGUACCAGAUGAAUUACGUCCAUUAGUAUGGCAAUUAUAUUCUGGUGCUUAUGACUCGACAGUGAAAAAACAAUAUUAUAAUUAUUUGUUAAUUGAUUCACCAGUUGAAAAAGCUAUCCGACGUGAUAUUGCACGUACCUUCCCUAAACAUGAUCUAUUUAAAGAUGAAAAUGGUUGUGGUCAAGAAAGUUUAUUUCGUGUUAUCAAAGCUUAUUCCAUUCAUGAUCCAGAAGUAGGCUAUUGUCAAGGUUCAGCAUUUAUUGUCGGAUUAUUAUUAAUGCAGAUGCCUGAACAAAAUGCAUUCGCUGUAUUAGUUCAAUUAAUGAAUGAUUAUCGACUACGUGAAAUGUAUAAACCAUCUAUGCUAGAAUUAGGUAUUAGUAUGUAUCAAUUGGAACAAUUACUAGCGGAUAAUUUGCCUGAUUUGUAUACACAUUUUCGUACACAAUCAUUUGCUCCUAGUUUAUAUGCAUCAGCAUGGUUUUUAACAUUAUUCUCUACUGUCCUACCGAUACCAUGUGCUACACGUGUAAUGGAUUUUUAUAUUGCUGAAGGUCUACAAUUCAUCUUCAAAUUAGCUUUAUCAAUAUUGAAAUUUUCUGCUGACAAUCUAUUAAGACGUGAUAUGGAAUCAAUGGUUGCAUAUCUUCAACAUGAAGGACCAUUAACAUGGGAUAAAUAUUCAAAUAUCCUAUUCGAUAAUGCUUGUUCAUUGAAAUUGAAUACAAAAAAAAUGAAAAAAUUAGCGAAAGAAUAUAUGACAAUGCGUAGUCAAGAACGAGAAGAACAAAUUGAAUUACGCCGUCUUCGUACUGAAAACGGAUUAUUGUUACAACGUUUAACUCGUUUAGAAGAGGAAAGUGAAGUAAUGGCUGAUCGUUUAGUCAAAUGUCAAUUAAUUCGAGCACAAGAAGCUGAAGCCACUAUAGCAUUACGUUGUGAACUAGCCAUAUUAAAACGUGAAUAUACAAAUUUGACAUUGAAUUCUCAUGUACUGCCACCACCUAUACAGAAGAACAAUGAUAAUGAUACUACUGAUCAUAACAAUCAUAAUCAUAAUGAUAAUCAUAAUAAUGAUAAUAGUACGGAAAACACUGAAUCACAACAUAAAUUGAUGCCAGAAUCCAUAGACUUGAAUAAUCAUCAUGAUGAUGAUGGCUAUGAUUAUGAUGAUGAUGGUGUUUUUGUAUCAACUGACCAUGAAACCGCUUCAGCUGUUAACAACAUCACUUCAGGAACAACAACAACCGCAACAGCCACUGCAUUGCAUAAACCAUCCAACUUGAAUAUACCUAGCACAAAUCCAAACCAGACGAUCAAUGCUACCAGCAACCAAUCACUUGUCAAUGGUUUCACAACACCAACCAAUCAUAAUAAUCAUAAUCAUGAUUUUACUCAUACUACUACUACUACCAAUACUACUGAUAAUAAUCAUCGUAGUAAUAGUAAUACACUAUGUCCUUCAUCAAAUCUACCACAACCAAAACAAUCACUGAAUAAUUCUUAUGAUUUUUGUACAUUACCAAGAUCAAGAAAUCAAACAUAUCAUCAUUCGAACAGUAUGAAUGGCGUUGAUGAACAUAAAACUGAUCAACUGUUAUCUACAACAAUACAACAAUUACAAACAGAUUUAAUGAAUUCACGUUUUGAUGAAGCUGGUACAAAAACAAAUUUAUAUGAGCUACGUUGUAAAUUGCAUGAAUUAGAAGAGUCAAAAGCCGAUCAAUCACUUCGAUCAGCUGAACAAAUUGCUAUAUUAAAAGAUGAAUUAUUCGGUGCAAAACGUCGUGAAACGGAAUUAAUCAAACAAAUGGAAGAGUUAAAGCAACGAUUCAACGAUAUGGAUUCACUUUGGCAAGCACAUCUUGGAAAGUGUAAAUGUGUCAACAAUGAUACGAAACGUUCUUCACUAUGGAUUGGUUCUUUAAGUUCACUGGAAAGUUCACAUGAAAUGAAUUGUAAAAUGAAAUUUUCUGAUCGACUACUUGAAACACGAUUUGUCAAUCAAAUUAGUAGUUUAAAACAACAGAUUACUGAUUUAACUGUACAACAAGAAUUAUCUGAUCGUCGAGCUGAUCGUUUAGAUAAACGUGUCACUGAACUACUUGAAUCACGUACAAUUUUUCAAGCAAGAGAAACGUGUAAUUUAACAUUGGAAUUAAAACAAUUAGAACAAAAAUGUGCUGAUAUUGAAGCGAAGCGUAAAGCUGAUGGUGUUAUGUGGCGUAGUCGUGAAAUGGAAUUUAAAACACAAUUAGCUGAACGUCGACAAAAUUAUUUACAAUUAGAAUAUCAAUAUGAAAGUCUCCUCACAUCACAACGUAUCCAGUCGAAAACGGAACAACAUAAUUAUAAAUUAAGAAAAUCUUCGCUAGAUUCAGAUACAAUAUUAGAAAUAUCUACUACCACUACUACUCCUACUACUGAUACUACCACUACGACUACUACUGAUCUGAGUAAUAAUGUUCAUAAUUAUACACUUGGUAGUUGUUACUUGAAAUGUACAACACAACCGAAUUAUGCAUCUGAUCUAACCAAUCCCACUGUAUCUACCGCUGCUACUAAUACUAAUACUGCUACACUGAAACCUACAUCAUGUUAUUCAUUCAAUACUGAUUUAUAUACCAUGUGGAAUAACAAUGAUCUACCGCCACCAGCGUCUAUUAUGACUGAAUCUAUUGGUCCAUUGGAAGAUCUAUGUCUUAGACCACCGUCGGAUGAUGUAAUCAUUAGUAGUGUUUGCUGGAAUUCACCUUCAUUAUCACCGUCACAGUCAUCAUCAUUAUCAUCGUCAUCACAUUCGUCAGUGAUAUCAGCUACUACUACCACUACCACUACUACUACUACUAUGACGACGACGACAGCCACAACAACAUUUCGCUCGUCCAAUUCACCAUCAUCAUCUGUCUUGUCGAAUAGUACUACUAGUAGUAGUAGUUGUUAUCAGUAGUAGUUCUAGUCAAUUGCUAGUGUAAUACUUCGUCUACAUUAGUACUUGUGAAUAGUAAAAUAACAAUCUAUACUGCUGUAAUAUUUUUUUAUAAUUCCAUAGAUAUAUAUAUAUACAUGUAUCUCCUAGA